AACAUUUUUGGUUCCUCACGAAAAAGAACAAGGCAUUCAUCCAUAAGUGAUGGUCUGAAAAAAACUCUUACAAAGGUUCUUAAGCAAGAAGAAUAUUCCCUUGAAAGAUUAGCUAGCUGUGGUUCUGUUGAAGGUUGGAAUCGUCCAGAUGACAUGCUGCCAAGGAAAAAAGACGAUGACAGAAAAAGUGAGAAAGCUUCAAUCGGGACCGAUCAUCCUGAAAGCCCUAUUCAGCGCACAUCACCAAUGUUGGAAGAAGUUGAAUAUGGGCCAGGGAGGCUAAGGGGAGAAGGCUAUAUAAUCGAGCAUGCCCAGGACAAAAAACCAUCUGUGUAUGAACAUGAAAGAGAUUCUUCUUUAUAUGAAGAGUUACAGAGACGAUGUCUCAGAGAAGGUCGAAAAGCUGAUGAAAAGAAGCAUUCUCAUUUGAGAAAUAUUGAGGGAAGUGACCGAGUUUACAAAAUAGAAGUUCAUAAAUCAGGGAAAAAGGUUGGUAGGAAAAGCCGAACUGGUGCUUAUGGUUCUGAUUUUGAGGAAAAUAAGAAGCACAAAUCCAAAUACAUGGAAAGGAGAAAGCAUAAGAGAGUGGAUAGGAAUUUCCUGAAAACUGGCAGCUGAAAACUGGAAAAAUGAGGAUUUCCUGAGCUAUUCUGUUGAUGUGCAACUUUGUGCAGACCUUGCUGCUAGAUUUUCUGGUAAUAUUUGCCUUCCCUUGUAUGGGAAUUUGAUUUAAUUUUUUUGUAGGAGUUCUUAACUGGGUGGAUAUGAAACCAUCUUGUUGUUUAUCACAAUGGCUUCUUAAAGCUUUCAGUGGCAUUAAUUUA